AUGGCUUGCAAUUGUCUCACGACGUCGAAGGUACACACCCACCACUUUCAGAACCUGAAAGUGACUGAACAUUCAGUGGUAGUGUUCGACAUUUUGGAGCCGCAAGGUACAGGGCAGAUCUACAGCAACCCUUUGAUGAAUUGCACUAGCAUGGGGGAAUCUCAUGACCGGUGGAAGGAUGGGAGACGCUUGAAGAUGCUACAGCACAUGGAAUGUGUCCGGUCGGGAGACAUCGGGUUUGCCCAGAUGUCAGGUCAACCGGAGACCGACCGAUUGGAUAUGGGAUUCCCUCUUCGAUCACAGAUUAACCGGUUAUCAACCCCACCAUCCAUAUUAGCAUUGGACAUGGGAUUUCAACCGGCUGGCCAGUUAGAUCCCCGCCAUGCAUGUGACACCAUGAACAGUUCUUCAAACACGGCAGUUGUUUGUCCGGCCAGUACCUCAGGGAGUGAUAUGUCCAUUGAAAACGACCCUCUCGACAUGGGUUUCAGUUCACUUCUGGAAGAAGAUGAGCAUGUGGUCCAGAGGCCUUUGGACAUGGGCUUUUGCAGAGAUCCGGUGCAUGAUGUUGCGGCUAGGUCAUUGGACAUGCAACUGGACCAGCUUCCUUUGAACAUGGGCUUUCAGACAGAUCCGGCAUCCUGUCACUCAUUGGACAUUGAACCGGAUGAUCGCUCUUUGGAUAUGGGAUUCGACACACUCCAACCGGAAAGGCACCCUUUGGACAUGGGAUUCAACACACUCCAACCGGACGCUUGCCCCUUGGAUCCGGUAUUUAAUGAACUCCAACCGGAUGGGCAUCCUUUGGAUAUGGGAUUCAAUACACUUCAACUGGACGUUGGCUCCUUGGAUCCGGCAUUCAAUGCAAUCCAACUGGAUGAGCACCCUUUGGAUAUGGGAUUCGGUGCACUCCAUCCGGUACAUCCGGAUCAGUCAAUGGAUAUUCAACUUGAUCAGAAGCCUCUGGACAUGGGCUUUGGGACAGCUACACCGGACCCGUUGCCGAUGGUGAACCAGAACCCAUUGGAUUUGUGA